AUGAAUAAUCAAAGACACAUUUCACAAAGAUUGAAUUGUUGUUGUGUAAUUUCUAAAGGUAUUAGGAUUUUCAAAAAUUUCCUCUUUGCUCAAUCUAGUAUUUUCUUCUACCUACUAUCUCUCUUUCCUAUCUCUUUCUUCUCCCCUUCCAACUUUUCUCUUGCCCUCUCAAUUAUACGCACUCGCAAUGUGUUACUUUCGGUGGUCUCGUGA